ACAGAAACGCCCUAAAUGAAAUGAUACAAUCCAAUAAAGAAUCUAAGCUCUCUCUGAAGAACAUCCUGGACAUUGGGCAGGAGAAUAUAAAUGAAGUUGCUCCCCAGACUGUACAAGAUCUUCCCUGGCUUAGGAAACUGAUGACUCUGGACAGGACUGCAAGAACAAUUCAACUUGACAAUAUUUCUAAAGAUUCAGGAGGGCAUACUGAUGCUGUAAAACAUGAACAUUCUCUACAAAUUGGUUCAGGGGAAGCUAAUGAUGGCACAGAAGAAGAUGUAUCUCAAUAUUUAGAUUUUUAUAGUAAAGAGUCUACUUCAUUCAAUCCUUUAGACAUUCUGUGUGUUCUCUUGCAUUGCUCAGAUAUGUUGUUACAGCAGAACAUCUUCUCCAAAAUGUCCAUGUGUCAGUUUGCCGUCCCACUGCUGCUCCCUGCUGGUGAUGGGCCAGGCUGCACCUUCAUGCUCUGGGCUAUGAGAGACAUUGUCAAGAGAUGGAGACCCCACACUUUGGCAGAGAAUAAAGGAUUUAUAGAAGAAUACCUGGUUAAAUCAGAAAUGCCAUUUUUUUCUUUUGUGAGACUGGGGCAUAUACAAUUAUCUAAAUCUAAAAUCCUCAAUCAAAUGCUCAGCCCAGCCCAACAGUACCAGGACUUUUUUAUUCAUGAAAAUAUGAUUGGUGGUGAUAAUGAGAGAGAAGUAUCUAAUGGCCUAGUGGAAAUCUCCUGGUUUUUACCUGUUGGAGAGGAGAAUUCUGACACUUUCCCAGAACCCAUAGCUGUUACUAAUUUACGUGGAGACAUAGAGUCUAACUGGACCCAAUUCAGCUUCCUAACCCAGGUCUCAUCAGCAGUGUUUGUAUUUUCUGAGAGUAUUAAUGAGAGAGAGUGUGAGCUAUUAGCCCAGUGUAGUAAAUCCUACUCCAACUUCUAUUUCAUCAUUACUCCAAGUGGCACAAGUGUCAGUAAAGAGACUGUGAAAUUCUUAAAAGAGUUACAACCUUUGCUACAUUUCAACCAAUCACAUAUACUGAUAAAAGACAAACAAGCAAAUGAGGCUGGGUUAGUAAAAAAAUUACAAAACAUAAUCCAGAUUUUUUUGAGGAAAACUGACAAGAAAGUAAAACUGGAAGAUUUAGCAAACACAGCCACUGAACUUGGCAUAAAUGUGGAUGAAAAUUCCCAGGAAUGUCAGAAGCAAAAAUAUACCACUGAAAUAAUUAAAGAAAUACAAGAUAUGGUAAAAUAUAAGAAAGAGACGAUGAAACUACAAGGGGAUCUGUGGAAACAAGUGGCCCAGGUAGAAAAAGAAUUGUGCAGAAUGAAAAACCAAGGGGCUAAAAAUACAGAACAAUAUCGAUCUCAACUGACUGAAACCCUCAAACAAUUACACAGGGAGCAGAAUCAACAUGUUCUACCUGAUACGAUGAGUAAGUUUAUUUCUGCCAUCACACAUUUGUCUCAAUCAGAGAAACAUUAUUUCCUGACAUGGAUGAAAUUUGCACUUGACUCAAUGGCUAGAAACAACCUCUCUGUGUUAAAAGAAAAAUACAAGGAAAAAUAUAAUAAAACAAAUAAUCAGGUAGAACUGAAACAGUUAGACCAGCAAAUAUGUGACAGUUCUUUGGGAGUAGAACAUUUUCUGCGUGAGAUGGGGCAGUUUUAUGAGGCAGAAUGUUCGAUGGUGAAUCAAGGAAUACUCAAACCAGAUAUGAUACAGUUUAGUCUUCUCCCAGGAAUAGCUGCUGAUUUAUUGCUGGAUGGCUUCCCAUUGGAGCUGAUGGAUGGAGAUGCCUCCAAUAUCCCCCUGAAGUGGGUCACUGACCUUCUGACUGAGCUGAAUAACAAAACAGGAGGGAAAUGCAGAAUGAGAGUAAUCACAGUGCUGGGAGUGCAGAGCACAGGGAAAUCCACUCUCCUGAACACCAUGUUUGGCUUGCAGUUUUCAGUGGCCAGUGGACGAUGCACACGAGGAGCUUUCUUAACAUUGAUUAAAGUAAAAGAAAACUUUCAGAAGAACAUAAACUGUGAGUUUAUUCUGGUAAUUGACACUGAAGGUCUUAAGGCUCCAGAAUUGGCUUCUCUAGAGGACAGCUAUGAACAUGACAAUGAGUUGGCAACUCUAGUGGUUGGGCUCAGUGAUAUCACUAUAAUCAAUAUGGCCAUGGAGAAUACAACAGAAAUGAAAGAUACACUGCAGAUUGUGGUUCAUGCAUUUCUUAGAAUGAAGCAAAUAGGGAAGAAACCCAACUGCCAGUUUGUGCAUCAGAAUGUGAGUGAUGUUUCUGCUGAUGAUAAUAACAUGAGGGACGGAAUAAAACUUCUGGAGCAACUGGAUGAGAUGACCAGAAUAGCAGGCAGCAUGGAAAAAAAACAUGGAAUAAAAAGCUUCACUGAUAUCAUUAGCUAUAACAUUAAGAGAGACAAUUGGUACAUCCCUGGGCUUUGGUACGGUGUCCCACCCAUGGCUUCUGUAAACUCCGGCUACAGUGAAAAUGUGAAUGAACUGAAAAAAUAUUUGUUUACAUUUAUGGAGAAAAGUGUUCUUCAGCCGCCCCAGAAUGUUGUUGAAUUUAUUGAAUGGAUAAAAAGCUUGUGGAACUCUGUUAAAUAUGAGAAUUUUAUUUUCAGUUUCAGAAACAGCCUGGUAGCUGAAGCUUACAAUCAAUUAGCAAUGAAAUACUCCCAGUGGGAAUGGGACUUCUGCAAACACGUUCAUACCUGGCUAAUUAGCACUGAGAAUACUAUCAAGAAUCAGUCAGCAGAUAAACUGCAGCCAGAAAUGUGCAGAGUAUUUAAGGAUAAUUUAAUUUCUCUACUCUGGAAAGAAGAGAAAAACAUGUUAGAUUUGAUAAAAAAAUAUUUUGAAAAUAAAACCGAUAAUGUUCAUCUGAUUGAGAAGUACAGAGAAGAUUUCUCCAGAGGGGUGAAUUGUCUUCGGAAAGAUCUGGAACGUUCUGUCACAGCAAAGAUUGAUGAGACUAUUAGAAUCCAAAAAGGGAAAUAUCAAAUAAAGAAUAUAGAGAACAGUUAUCAAAAGACCAUUGAGGAGAAAGUCACUGAUCUCCUAAAACAGGUCAGACAAAGGGAAAGUCGACUUGAAAGUGAUGAAAUAGAAAAGGAAUUUGAGAACAUGUGGGAAAGUACAAUAGCUGAGUUACCAAGGAAUCUUUUACAAAAACGCAAUGUCAGUCAGGAAAUGUUACUGGAGCUCAAACGUGACUUGUCCAACAGAGGGGCCUCUAUAAAGGAGAAAUUUCUUAAGAUAAAAUAUUUAGAUGAGUUUGGAAAAGAUGAAUUCAAGAUUAAAGAGCAGCAUGUUGACUUGAAAUGGUAUUCAUCACUAAAAGGUGUGAAAGAACUGUGGACCAAUGAAUGCAAAGAUAAAACUGCCAGUCUGGCUUACUCUUUAAUAGAAUUAUGUUUAAAUUAUGUAACAGAGAAGGUUAAUACAGGAGAAGACUAUGAUGGGACAUAUUGCCAAGAAUUGCUUAGUAAAAUUAAUGAAAGGCUCAGGAAGGAAGAUGUUAAAAACCUGCACAUUACCCAUGAGUUUGACUUGGAUAUAAAACUCCAUAUCUUGGGGAGUGCGGCUCGGAUGUUCCAGAAGAUGCAUAAGAGUUUUCUUCAGACUGAUCCUAUGUUGUCUCUGGAAACUCUAAAACCUCAUUAUUUGACAACUUUUAAAAAUCUAUUCCAGGAAAAAGAUGAAACACAAAGUAGAGCCAAACAAUUCUGUGAUCUCUGCCUGAAGCCGGCAAUAACCAAUCACAUUAACCAGCAUCUGGGGAAGGACAUUGUAGAUGAUAUUCUGUCCAAUCAGUGUCCCAAAGAAUUGAGCAGCCGCACUUUCUUUCAAUCACAUGUACUUGAGAAACUGCUGGAAGAGGAGGAAUUUUCUCAGUAUGUGACUUACAUUAAUUCUUAUGAGAAGUUUGUGAAAGAAUGGCUAAAACAAUACAUAUUAAAUAUGUAUAAAAAAGGUUUAGAAAAGUUGCAAACGAAUAUUCUCUCUGAUAUCUGUAACAAAAUCAGGAGCACACUCAAAAAGCCACAAGACAUGCCCACUGUUUCAGAGUUCUUGAAAGCCUUUUGUGAGAUGUUAAGGAGUGAAUUGGUCAUUUCUCAGAUGGAGUUGCAGUUGGUCAGUUUCCAAAACCAAGCAGACAUCAGGCAGUUCUCAAAGGAUAUUGAGUUUUUUCUCACAGAAACUGAGACACAGAUCAGAUCAGAGAUGGAAUCUUCCAGCACAGAAUCUGUUCUUGACAAACUCCGACUGAAACCAGAGGAUGUUCUGUUUAAGAGAGUGUUUGGCUGUGGGAAGCGGUGUCCCUUCUGCAAGGUCCCCUGUGAGGCUGGAGCUACUGACCAUAAGGAACACUUUGCAUCUGUCCAUCGGCCUCAAGGUUUGGGAAGAUAUCGAUGGAUAUUUAGUGACAAGUUGGCUACAGAAUUAUGUUCAACACAUGUUGUCAGUGAUUGUGAAUUCCAGAAUUCAGAUACAAAGAUGGAAUCUCACCCUUAUAAAGAAUACCGGACAAUCUACCCAGACUGGGCCAUUCAGCCUGACCCCAGCAUUACAGCCUCAGACUACUGGAAGUUUAUUUUUAAACAGUUUAACAAGGAAUUUGCUAAAGAAUAUGAGGCAGAACCAGCAGAUCUCCCUGAAACCUGGCUCCAGAUAACAAAAGAACAGGCUUUUCAAAGCCUAAAAGAAACAUUUAAUAUGAAGUAACAGCAGUGAAACAGGUUACAGCAUUAUAUUCCCAAAAACCUUAUUUCACUGUACAAGCAGCAUUUCAAUACAUUUUUGGUUGGAUAUGGGCAUAUUUACUACACCUUUAAAGGGGAUACAUAUUUUACUUUUUUAUACAUACUAUACUAGUUUUCAGUACAGACGAUGUAUACUAGUAUUAAUAAUAACAAUAAUCAAGUUGUAUUAUAGACGAGAUCUAGACUGACCAAUAAACAGAAUGAUGAUAAUGAUGAUUUUAUAUAACCACUGUGUCUUCUUAAUCAGAAAUCCAAAUAAAUAAAGAGUUUUCAAUAUAAUGUACUGCCUGACUUAUUUGUUAUAUAAUAAAAGUGGAGAAAGAAGUAUAAAAGUACAUAAAGCACAUGGGACCAUGGUGACCUGACUAAUGUUACAGAAAGCACAACAAGUACCAAUCAAUAUAUUGCAGAAUGGAGACAAACAA